CCGUACAAAUGUUUUGGAAUUCUGUUUUUUGUGCUUUGUGUAUGCUUGCUGUCUUUCUCAUAGCUAGCUUUAGGGUUGUUCCCCUCCUCCUCUUUGCUUGAUAUAAAAUCGAACCGAAGCCCACAGAAGAAAAUCUCUCAUGUAAGUCUCCUAGGAAGGAAGCAAUGGAACUGAUAGUCAUCACUAUGCUAUGUAUUGGCCUCCUAAUUUUGCUGACUCCCUGUGCUUCUCUCCAAAUUCAGCUGCAACCAUGGCACGGGCAAGGUAAUCUCUCUCUCUCUCUCACACACACACGUGUACACACACACACACAAACACAUAUUCAUGUUGAUGAUCUUAUUUCUUUGCCUGUUCAAGCAGCCCAUGAUGAUCUUAUUUCUCUGCACCUUGGAGAUGCCUAUGAUCUGCAGCAGCAUUCUUUCUCUAAAAUGUCAAGGAAGCUCAGACUCAUUCAGGUGAAAAGAGAUGGAGAAAAAGAUUCCAUGUCUCAGCACCACAAGAAAAAGGCAGAUUUUUCAGGUAAGCCAUAUGACAAAGAACCGGGCCUGAGGCGUGGAAGAGGUGGAACAAUGAAGGAAUGGAUGGAGGGGGCCGACAUGUCUCAGUUCUUUACUAUGGAUUAUUCCCACGUGAGAAGACGACGACCCAUACAUAACAAGUCUGUGCCGGUUGGUCCUUGAAACAUGGACAUAUCAGAUUUCAUUUCCAGAGUACAAAACAAACUUUUUUAAUACACUACUAAAUAAAGUAAUG